AGUCGGUAGCCUUGUAUAGGCAAGCUGAACCUGCCAUCAAUGAGUCAUUUGUCACGUGACUAGAAAUUGAAGUGGCCUAAGCCCACUCUCAUAGAGGAUUACAGAACAAGUGGAUAGCGACCUGGAGACAGUCUAAAGAUGGGCUGCAAUUUUCAGUGUGACAGUUCUCUUAAGAUGAACUUUACAAUUCCAGAAAGUGGACACAAGAAGGACUUUGAAAUAUUUUAUCAUCCCGAUUUUCGACAGCAAAAAAGUGUAGUCAGAUGUGAAUGGUUUAAUGAAUACGAAUGUUUCACCGAAAGUGGUUUCAACGUCAGAGAAACAGACGAUAAAUAUGCUCUCAUCACCUUACCUGACAGCUUGAAACAAAAUCCAGGGAAAUUCUACUGGCAAAUCUCGGGUCUUUUUAGGAAUGACUCAUUCUGCUCUUGGAUUCCUAAAGAAAUCUGUCAACCUACUAGUGAUGAUUUCAAGCUGCAGGACACGGUUACAACCGCUAUGCCAACCGACAGUUCAUCAUCAGGGGAUUUUGGAAGCAUCAGCCCAGAUGACAAUACUUCAAUUAUCAUCGGUACUGUUGUUGGAGCUUUGGUGAUCACUUUGAUCCUGGUCAGCAGCAUUGUUUUCUUCAGGAGACACAGGAGAAACAAAUGUCUGAGAAAUCCGAAGAAAUUAAAAAUAUUUAUUGAUGAAGAAAAUGCCCUACCUCAGAAUAAAAACGUUGGCAGUGCUGUAGGCGAUGAGGUUGAUGACAGCUCAACCACAAAUUACGCAAACAGAAGUAAAAGAGAUUCAGGCAACAGUUUCAUCGAUGAGAAGAGACCAUUUCUUAGGAGUAAAGAAGACUCUACGCAGAAGAAAUCAGAGCACAAAAACAAAUCCAAUCAAGGAAAAUUCUGUGAUAUGGACGCUGGGGAAAAAAACAGUCAUAAAGAAAUUGGUGACAAAAAUAGUGAUGAAGGUUUUGAGAGUAAGGACAGUGAUGACAGUUUUGAGAGUAAAGACAGUGGUUAUGAUCCUGCGAAUAAAACCAGUGUUACCGACUCCGACAAGAAGAAAAUUGAUGACGGGUAUGUGGGAAAACAGUGACUGGCCUUGAUGGUCAGCGAAGUUCAGGACUUGGGAAGGAGGGCAGUGCACUUACAUAGCUUUUCCUCCACAGAGGGCAGGUGUUCAGUAUUAGAGAAUGAUGACAUGAUUGCCUGCCUCCAUUGGACACAUCAGACACUCAGUAUCAUUUCGAGAGUUCUUUCAAACACAAUUUACAUUGAAAUUUUCGCCUAAGCAUACACCUAUUCUGUGUAUUACCACUACUGGAUAUAGCUUAGUCUGAAAUAGGUUUAAACAUUCUCUGGAGUCGUUACCGUUACGUCUACAGUUAUCACCUUUUACUGCCGGAACGAAGUGCUCGAUUUUUUCUCCUCUCUACAUCUUUGUUAUUAUUUUGUGAUUUUGUUCUACAUCUUUGUGACUAUUUUGUGAUCUUUUUCUCCAUCUUUGUUGAUUUUUUUUUUUUUGUUGUUUUUGUUUUUUUGUUAAGUUGCUCUACG